GCCGUGCCCAACCUCGUUUUGCCGCUCGACACGCGCCUCUUCUCUCGUCGCUCGGUAUUUUUCCACUGCCCGACGUCACGUCGUAAUCUGCGAGCGCGGGGAUAAAAGCGGCGGCGGAGCAGCGCCUGCGCACUCGGAGCUGCGUUUGCUCGAGAGGAGCAGAGAGAGGAGCAGAGAGAGGAGCGAGCGAGCGAGGGAGCGAGGGAUCGAGCGAGCGAGCGGCGUCUCUUCGUUGCGCGCGUUUCCUCCGCCUCCUGCUCGCUCCCGCGACUGACUUCGCGUCGUCGCCUCGAACAAUCUCGUCCCUCCGUCCACAUGGCGUGCGGCGAGGGCAAGGCGUGCCCCGACGGUGGCAUUGCCCCUCCGUCAAGCUGCCCCGCGUCGUGCUCUCCAGCGCCGACGUCCGGUCCGCACUACCCUGGAGUCUCGUCCGCCAGACCCACCGCGGCAGCGGCGGCAGUGGCAGCAGCGGCGGCGGUCGUCCUGCCACCCCGCGAGAAGUGGGGAAGCCGCGUGGAGUUUAUGCUGUCCGUGGCCGGAGGUUUCAUCGGCCUGGGGAACGUGUGGCGCUUCCCCUACCUGUGCUACAAGAACGGAGGCGGCGCAUUCCUGAUCCCCUACUUCAUGUUCCUGUUCGGAGGGGGCCUGCCCAUCUUCUUCAUGGAGGUGGCACUGGGGCAGUUCACGUCGGAGGGUGGCAUCACCAGCUGGCAGAAACUGUGCCCGCUCUUCACCGGCAUCGGCUACGCGUCCGUGGUCAUCGUGUCGCUGCUCAACAUUUACUACAUCGUCAUCCUGGCGUGGGGCCUCUACUACCUGGGAUACGCCCUAACGGGAACACUGCCGUGGGCGACCUGCGGGCAUGAGUGGAACUCGGACUUGUGCGUGGAGGACGGCCUGCGCAGAAACCUCACGGCGGUCGCGGCCACCAGCAACGCGAGCGGCACUCUCGGGGUCACUUUCACGUCGCCCGUCACGGAGUUCUGGGAACGCAAGGUGCUGGGGCUGUCGAGUGGCAUCCAAGAGCUGGGCGCCCUCAAGUGGGACCUCACGCUCUGUCUCUUGGCCGUCUGGGUCAUUUGCUUCUUCUGUAUCUGGAAGGGAGUCAAGUCCACAGGCAAGGUGGUGUACUUCACGGCCACCUUCCCCUUCGCCAUGCUGCUCGUGCUGCUGGUGCGUGGGGUCACUCUGCCCGGCGCCGCUGACGGCAUCGCCUUUUACCUCUACCCGGACCUCACGCGGCUCACCGACCCACAGGUGUGGAUCGACGCAGGGACACAGAUCUUCUUUUCCUACGCCAUCUGCAUAGGCGCCAUGACAUCACUGGGCAGCUACAAUCACUACAAGUACAACUGCUACAGGGACUGCCUCAUUCUGGGCUGCCUCAACAGCGGCACGAGCUUCAUCUCCGGCUUCGCCAUCUUCUCGGUGCUGGGCUUCAUGGCGCAGGAGCAAGGCCUCCCCAUCGCAGACGUCGCCGAGUCAGGACCCGGACUGGCGUUCAUCGCCUACCCAAAGGCUGUCUCCAUGAUGCCUUUCCCCACCUUCUGGGCUGUGCUCUUUUUCGUGAUGCUCAUCCUCCUCGGCCUCGAUAGCCAGUUUGUCGAGGUUGAGGGCCAGGUCACGUCACUGGUCGACCUCAAUCCGGCGUUCCUCCGCCGGGGCCAUCGCCGAGAAAUAUUCAUCGCCCUCAUCUGCUUUGCCAGCUUCCUUCUUGGCCUGCCUAUGGUCACAGAGGGGGGCAUGUACGUGUUCCAGCUCUUCGAUUACUAUGCGGCGAGCGGCGUGUGUCUGCUCUGGGUGGCCUUCUUCGAGUGUGCAGCUGUGGCCUGGGUCUACGGUGCCGACCGCUUCUACGACGUGGUGGAGGACAUGAUCGGGUACCGGCCGAACCCGUGGAUGCGCGUCAGCUGGUCCAUCAUCACGCCCAUCCUGUGCGUGGCUUGCUUCGUGUUCUCGCUGGUAAAGUACACCCCGCUCACCUACAACAAGACGUACCUGUACCCCGACUGGGCUCAGGGCUUGGGCUGGGCCAUGGCCCUCUCGUCCAUGCUCUGCAUCCCGGGGUUCUUCAUUGUGCAGGUCCUGCUCUCCGAGGGCCCUCUCGUAAAGCGGAUUAAGCUGCUGAUGGUGGCGCGCGUGGAGAAGCGAGGGGGCGAUCCCGGAGCGGAGGAGGAGGCGCUCUGUGGGAGCCUGGGACCGCUGAGCAGCCCAGACUCCAUGCUUCAGGACAAGGCGGGCAUCAUGCUCACCGCCCUCUGACCCGCAUCUCUCCCAGGGCGCCGGAACACACGCGGUCGUGUGAGAGUCCCUGGGUGGUGAUGUGAAGCAGAGGAGGAGGCAAUAUCUAGUUCUAUCCACUCCACACCAACACAAAUUCCCAGAUGAAUACACAGCCAUUCCACAUCAAUUCUCAUGUCCCCUUUUACCACUAAACCCUCCACUCCCAUCACUUACUCUCCUAAAGCUUCCACUACCAUCACUUACUCUCCUCUCCCAUCAUUUACUCUCCACUCCCAUCACUUACUCUCCUCUCCCAUCACUUACUCUCCACUACCAUCACUUACUCUCCACUACCAUCACUUACUCUCCUCUCCCAUCACUUACUCUCCACUCCCAUCACUUACUCUCCUCUACCAUCACUUACUCUCCUCUACCAUCACUUACUCUCUACUCCCAUCACUUACUCUCCACUCCCAUCACUAAACCUUCCACUACCAUCACUUACUCUCCACUCCCAUCACUUACUCUCCACUCCCAUCACUAAACCUUCCACUACCAUCACUUACUCUCCAGUUCCAUCACUUACUCUCCACUCCCAUCACUAAACCUUCCACUACCAUCACUUACUUUUCACUUUCAUCACUUAUUCUCCUCUCCCAUCACUUACUCUCCUCUCCCAUCACUUACUCUCCACUACCAUCACUAAACCUUCCACUACCAUCACUUACUCUCCUCUACCAUCACUUACUCUCCACUCCCAUCACUUACUCUCCACUACUAUCACUAAAGCUUCCACUACCAUCACUUACUCUCCACUACCAUCACUUACUCUCCACUACCAUCACUAAACCUUCCACUACCAUCACUUACUCUCCUCUUCCAUCACUUACUCUCCUCUACCAUCACGUACUCUCCACUACCAUCACUAAACCUUCCACUACCAUCACUUACUCUCCACUACCAUCACUAAACCUUCCACUACCAUCACUUACUUUGACACUUCUGCGGUAUUUGCAACCUAGUUGGUAAACCUCAUGAAGGGUAUCAUUCACAUCUCGAUUACCAUAUUUGACCAAAACGUCGUCAUCAAAAUUGAGCGACUUUGCCCUUCCAAUUGGCCGUUCCCGGUUCUCCACAGAUUGCCUCAAGGCCAUUGUCCAGUUGAGGUCGCAUGGCAGCCCGGCCUCUCACGUACCCCUCGCAGAUGCGAACUAGCUGGAGGAUUGUGCAGCGAUUGGAAUUUUCGCACCCCCCCCCCCCCCGUAUGACCCACGUUGACCUUUCCAACCCUUUGAGAGGCACUGAGCCUGUGGAGGAAGAGGGUUGACUGCCGGUUUGUCACAGAAGAAAUGCAUUCGCAUCUGUCCCGGCGUCACCUUCGUCGGAGAGACGAUCGCACGCGCAUCUUAAUGAAAUGCCCUGCAAUGCAAUGUUUUACGAAGCGACAUUUCUUACUUAUAUAUGUUUAGAGUUACAACAAAUGCUUAAUUUUAUAUAAAAAAAAUCACUUCAAAACAUAUAAUAAUCUUACUAAAAUAGACAGUUGCAGAUGCAACAACAAUAACAGCAAAGUAACGACAGCAGUAAUAAUAACAAAAGCAGAAGAAACUUAUGAUAAACAGAUAUAAUUCCUGCUGCACCUGAAUAUCCUGUAUUUGUUGGACCACUUGGGACAUGUUGAAUGAAAGUGCUGCACAGUACACUUAGAAAACUGCACAAUUAAGGCAGUGACCCACUUUCUAUACCACCCUACUUAUACAGAACCACAAUCCCCGCGUGACCUAUCGACUAUCAGGUGGCAUUAGAGCAGUGACUAGGUCUAACCCCCUGUAGCCCAGAGGCAUACAGCGUUUGUGUGUGUGCAGUGUGCACCUAGCGUGGCAUAUGUGCUGUGGUGGUGGCGAUGCCACCAUUACUUAGUGGCAAGAUUGGCGGCUGUUGUUGUUGUUGUCAAACAAUGUUAUUCCAGCCAAAGAUGUUACAGAAUCGUUGUCUGCCCCUCCGGGCUACGCUAAAGCUUUCCCCCUGCGAUUCCGUCCAUGGGAAGCGUGAGAUCGUCAGCUCCUCACUGCGCCACUCUUAGCCGUGCCCGCUCUGCGUUGUUCGUCGGCAAUGGCCGCGGGAAUCUGCCGGCUCCCAAGCUGUGCCCAACUGCGUUCACCCCAAGACCGGACCCCGCAAAUCCCCAAUGACGCGUCUGGCCCGCGACGUUUACUGCUCCAGCGUCUGCGGUUGGGCGAUGACAUGCGGCCGAGAGAGGAAAGGGCUUGAAAAGGAAGUGGGUCAUCUCCGUCAAAUAUCUGACAAAAUCUUCGCCUUUCAUCGAGAUUUAGAAUGAUACCCUAACCCUUAACCUUCGCCCCCCAGGUGCACUGCCACGUCACCACGCAUGCAGGGCGACUUGCUCUGUGGACGUAACGCAGAUUAUUUGUCUCUGUUGCUGCUGCAGUGGUGCAUAGGCGGUAACUAGUAACACCGCAACUCGACACGUUGGUCAAUAACACCGUGGCCUACAAGGGAAACAAAUAUACAAUCGGGGACGUCCCAGGCAAUGGUUCCGAUUCAUAGAGGCAAUAUAUGCGCGCGAAUGGCGAUCUGCUGAUUGUGUGCUGUGAAGAAGGGCCGCUGCUCGAAACGUCGCCUAUCAUUUCCUUUCAAGGGCGCAGUGUUAAUGACAGACCGACAGAGGAUGCCCCGUUCUCUCUGAUUGGUCCCUUGAGGGACGCUCGACAUCCUCGCCCUGCGGGCACACGAGACCAUUUCCAUUCGCACAAUGUCUGUAAGCGCCACCGGAGGUGCUGGUAAAACCUUGGCCCACGAUGCUGCCAGCCUCCACGGCGUGCGUAAAUUUGUCCCAGAAGCCUGACGGAGCGGGCCCGUCGAUUGGAUCCGGUGCCAUCUCACCACGACCCUCGCUCUCUGCUCCUCUCGCUCCACUCUCUCCUAUCUUCUGUACCUGGUGUCCAAACCCCAGGAUGGGCUCCAUCACUGGGCUAGCGGUCUCGGUGAGGUCAUGGGAUCAGCGGUCAGAAAGCAAUGUUCUAUAAACGUAGCUUCGGGAAAAGUGUUGGUUCGUUAAGUUGGCCUAUAUUUUGUUAUUGUUGAUAAUUAACCGGUAUUCUUUGUGGCAUUUUUAACCGUGUAGAUUUUACACAAACACAGUUUGGUUUUUGAUUGAGGAUGACUGCCGGGAGCUCGCGGUGAAUUUUCCAUGGUUUCUGAGGGCUAUGGGCCUAGUGUGUGGGGUGACUUGGACCCACUUAUAAAGCUUUCGGGACUCGUAGAACUCGGAUGGAACCAGCGUGGCCAGGAUCUGGCAUUAAAUGUCCUGUGUAAAUGAGGAAGGAGCUUCCAGGCCGCUGAGUCUCCAAACCCAGGAGCUUCCAGGCCCCUGAGUCUCCAGACCCAGGAGCUUCCAGGCCGCUGAGUCUCCAGACCCAGGAGCUUUCAGGCCCCUGAGUCUCCAGACCCAGGAGCUUCCAGGCCCCUGAGUCUCCAGACCCAGGAGCUUCCAGGCCCCUGAGUCUCCAGAGCCAGGAGCUUCCAGGCCCCUGAGUCUCCAGACCCAAGAGCUUCCAGGCCCCUGAGUCUCCAGACCCAGGAGCUUCCAGGCCGCUGAGUCUCCAGACCCAUGCCCACCGUGAGCUGGCGUUGCAACCCUCCCAUCCCAAGUCUCACAUUCCACUGUGUGUAGCCGCUACUGUAGGUGAGGUCUGUAGAUGACUGCGUGCAUUUCUUUAGCAGUGUUAUAUUUGUCUAGGUGUUUCAAAUUAAAAAAAGUAUUUUCUGUGGCAGGUAUGUCAUUACAUAAUAUGCAAAAUGCAUACAUAUUACCUUCAUGUUUAUAUCGUUAGCUUCAGAUACAAACAGAAAAUCAACCAACAAGACCUUUAGUGACAAGGUACGGGUGCACUCCAGACGGGGUCAUUGAGCAACAGCGCAUGGGUAGCAGUGGGGCAAAAACGACAGCCCAGAUCCACACCGUGAAGGUCCCGCUGAAUAUCACACACACGGCUCUGCAUCAAAAGGCAUUCACAUGCCACCUUGUAACCCAUCGAUUCGACGUGACAUCUACAGUUCCUGUCGAAUGCGAAUUUUGUCACUCACCAAGGUGGUUCCGAAUCAUCACUGUCCACCAUCACCAUCGUGAACUCGACUCCCCUAGUUACGGCUGCAGCGUUCGCUUGCUCCUUCAGCGUCUUGAAAACUUACAAACUGUGAAGCCUUCCGUCCCACUCAAGUCGCGCGGCGUGUCCCUGUGGGUGGGUUUUUUUGGUUGCACGACCCCCACGUGCUUUAAGUGCGAUGCGUGCUAAGUCGUCUCGCAGGGCGUCCCCGUGUGUCCUGGUGUCGUGCUUGUUGGCGAGCUGUGUGGUGCGCGUCGUUAAUGGUGGUGUCCGUGUGCGAAAUGUGUGUGUGGCCUGGCUUUGUCGCGGGGCAUGUGUGACCUGUGGAUGGGGUGCACUUUAGUGGCUUUAAUGGGGGUAUGGUGGGGAUUUGGGUGUGUAUGAGCUCACGUGUACCGUAGUUAUGGCUACCUGAGAUGUAAUCUACACCAAUUGCACUUUGUCCUGGCGUGCUCCUCGAUGGGCUUGGCACAUCGCUGCAGUUUGAGCUGCAGCUUCAUGUCGGUGUGGGUGUCAAGCAGCGUGGACACGAGCAAUGCAAAUGAGCCAAACGAAGAAAGAAAGAAACAGAUCAGACAUUCUGGGGACACAAAAAAAACAAACUAUUCAAUCGAUGACAAUGCAAUUAUAAAAGAAACAAAUAUUUUACUAUGAUAUUUUCUUAAUUUAAAUAAAAUGUCAAUUCUAAAUUCACGUUGAUUUCAAAA